UUUUCUGGUCGCAUUCUACGAACCGAAAACACAAGUUUUACUUACUCGCCUCUUUUCCUUUUAUUCCUGCUCUUUUGUGUUUUUUUCUUGAUUGGGAAUAGGGGGUUAUUUGAUUAGUUUUAAUCUGCGGAGAUCGCCGCAGGCGAAUCGCGAGGGAGGCCGAUCGCAAAAAAGUGCCUUUUUAUUUUCCUUUGAUGAGGGGGAGUUAGCAAUGGAGCACGAUGAGACUGGAUGCCGAGCCCCUGAAGGACCGAUCCUUUGCAUCAACAACUGCGGCUUCUUCGGAAGUGCUGCGACCAUGAACAUGUGCUCCAAGUGCCACGAGGACAUGAUUCUGAAGCAGGAGCAGGCAAAGCUGGCAGCAUCCUCGAUCGACAGCCUCGUGAACGGCAGUGGCAGCGGUAGCGGAAAGGAACCUGUUGUAUCUGGCAAUGCCGAUGUAGCUGUUGGCUCUGUGGAGUCGAAGGCGAUUUCGGCACAGCCACCUGAUGUGCUUGGCUCGAGCGAGGCUGGAGAAGCAAAGGCGAAGGAGGGUCCAAACAGGUGCAACACUUGCAGGAAACGGGUUGGUCUGACCGGCUUUAGUUGUCGGUGUGGGAACCUUUUCUGUGCCGCACACCGCUACUCGGAUAAGCAUGACUGCCGAUUCGAUUACCGAAAGGCAGCGCAGGCUGCGAUUGCCAAAGCAAACCCUAUUGUUAAGGCUGAAAAACUUGAUAAGAUCUAAGGCUAUGGAGUGAAGGUUACUUUUUAACUGUUAUUGUGAUGCUCUUCUUUCACUUGCCUGCUUGCUGAUGCCCUUUGUUGCUAUAAAUUUGCUGGUGGAAUGAUGCAUAGGGCAAUCUUGUAGCCUCGAGAACUCUUUUAUCUUGUUGAUUGGAAAAAGAUCUGGUGAAUUAAGCUUUAGUUUAUGCUGGUUUGAUGGA